AGAAAUAUAAUGCCAGGAUAAACGGGUAAAUUAUUGAUUAUGUUAUUUAUGAAAGCAAAUCGAUGCCUUGUCGUCAUGAGCUAUUGUAACGAUCAUAAGAAAAUUACAAUUAAAAUGGAUGACUAUAAAACGUUUUGAUAUAUUAUUAUUAUGAUGACCAUAGGACAGGAUAAUAUGUCUGUCUUUACGAGACUGUCGAUGUUACAAAGUUUUUUGGCGGUUAUCAUCCUACAGGCGACACGUGUUUACGGAAAGGAUUGUUACAACUAUAAAGAUGAACCCCAUACCCGGUCAUGUGACAGCUGUUGUGGUGACGAUUACGAGCAAUACUGCUGCAAUACCACUUUUCAGAUUAUUGGCUCUGUCAUUGGCGGUUGUCUUGUAAUUGGAGCUGUUAUUGGAGUAGGUUAUUUUUGUUACCGGAACAAGUCAAAGCGACAACUCGUUCACGCACCGUCUGCUCUAGGGAGAUUAGGAAUGAGAACACAUAAUACAAAUCCUUCACAAGCUCGACCAACAAAUCGCCGCCCACCGCGCAUACCAGUAAUUCGUCCCUCACAACAUAUCACAAACUACAAUCCUGCUUAUGUAAGUUCCGUGCAGAUGCAGCCACCAGGUUAUUAUCCUCCGACAUAUACCAACAAUGUAAAUACUAUACCAUUGGCCCCAACAGCUCCAAUGCCACCGCCAUAUGAAAUGACAGUUGCCCCGCCUCCUUAUACUGUAAGUAAAAGCGUUCCGCCUCCGCCGGAGUACAGUUCAGUUGUGAGCCAUAUGGCAACACCUGGUCAUAAACCUGGAGAAUACACUGAUACUAUGCCAAGUCCUGCUGACUGAAUACCAUCUUGGUAGAGUCGAGAUGUUAUAAAAGGAACCAUCAAUUUGUUAAUAUUUCGUAAUCUUUUAAGAAAGAAUAUUAUGUUUGCUAGAAAUUCAAUUCUUUGCCUGCGUUUAAUUCGCAUAAAUUGCCAUUUUUUGAUACGAGAGCUGUUCAAAAAUGAAGUAAAUUUACUAUUCGGACGAAUGAUGCGGAAGUAAACAAGGUUUUACUAGUGUUAGUGCUGCAGCUUGUAACGCACAUAAUGCAGUCAUUGGGUCGCAUCGGAAUUCGAACAGCUAUUUAGUUGAAUGGAGAUUUUGUCAAAUACCAAAUUAAAAAUGUAAAUUAAUAAAAUAGACGCUACAGCAGUGUUCGGCUAUUCGUAUAUCAGCCUAAAGUGGUACAAAUUAUGUAUAAAUGGCCAAGAAAAAGCGAAUCGACGUGAACAACAAAACUGAAGGUCUUUCACCUUUCAGGGGUGUUUUAAAUUUUAAGGAGAGUAAACGUGUGUGAAGAGGAAGAUUCUGGCGCUCACUUUCUGUUAAAACGUCGAUUUAUAUAUGUGCGUUCUGUAGCAAAGAGUGAUUCGUAAAGGAUCAUUCAAAAGGAAAUAACAAAUAACGUCAACGUGAUAAAACGAAGCUGGCAUUACCACACCACGCACUUCAUUGAAAUUUAAUGACUUUGAAAGACAAUAUACUCAUUUUGUCAGUUUUACAUGUAUAUUCUAGGAUAGCAUUAGCGCAUGUUCAUUUCGUGGUAUAGCAUCUUUAGAAUACAUCGGGAUUCCGCAGGUGUUAUAACACGAAAAAGUGCGUUAUACCUUGGAUAAAGAUUGACUUCUUACAGUGUAAGGACUGUCUGAGUGUAGGAAAUAAUGGUUGAUACUGUUUACAGUUUUCUAACCGUACAACUGGUUAUGACGUUGAUGUUACUAAUAAAAGACAACAAAUUAAUGCAAAACGAGUGGUAGUAUGCUACCGAAGUCAUGACGUAUGAUGUAUGUAGACGCUUCGUUAUUUUUGAACAGCCCUCGUAUAUUUCAUGUUAUUUGAUUAUACUUGUUCCUUUCAUUUAAAUUCAAGAUUGAUAUCAACAUAUAAAACUGAUAUAAAAUAUGCUACAUGAAAGUCUGAUAAUGCAUGUGUGAGAAGUUGUCAGAGAUUUCUUAAAUAUCAAUAUUAGUCAUUGUUACAAAGUCAAACUGGAACAUUUUGCUCAUUGUUACAAAGUCUAACUAAAAAAAAUCGCCUUUUUAGUAUUCCUUUAUUGUGUAAUAAUUGUCAUUAUAGCAUUUUAAACCAGCUGUUUUCAGCAUUGUUAUCCCAGGAGAGGGACUUUCAUUCAGUCUUCUGACCUAAGUUGUACUGGUACUUUUCGAAAUUGCAAAUAGUGCAGGCAUGUGCGUGAACUUAGCCAGAGCAGCCAGAAUUCAGCCAGAGUAGCCAGAGUUCAGCCAGAGUAGCCAGAGUUUCUAGGAUUUUAACAUGUUCUGCCUACUCUGGUCAGCCAGAGUAGCCAGAGUAACCAGGAUUUCAUUUGCUGUGGUUACUCUGGCUGGCAAGAGUAGCCAGAGUUUCUAGGAUAGUAACAUGUUCUGGCUACUCUGGUCAGCAAGAGUAGCCAGAGUAGCCAGAGUAACCAGGCCCCGUGUUCACAAAACAUUUUCAGUCUUAGCUGAGUUUGAUUAUGAAACUUAAUAUGUCAUUUCUGUCUAAAUAGCAUGUUUAAAACUGAAUUUCAAGUUAAUAUAUAUUUUCAAGUGGCUAUUCAGUAUUUAUGGUCAGUUUCAGUUGGAAUUUAACCUUGAAGAGUUCGUAAAAUUGGUAUUAAAAUUUCAAACUCAAACUCAGCUGAGAUUGAAAAAUGUUUUGUGAACACGGGGCCAGGAUUUCAUUUGCUCUGGUUAUUCUAGCCAGAGUUUAGCCAGAGUAGCCAAACUCUGGUUACUCUGGCUGGCCAUAGUAGCCAGAGUUCAGCCAGAGUAGCCAGAGAUCAGCCAGAGUAGCCAGAACAUGUUAAUAUCCUAGAAACUCUGAUUACUCUGACCAACCAGAGUAACCAGAGCAAAUGAAAUCCUGGUUACUCUGGCUACUCUGGUCAGCCAAAGUAGCCAGAGUAACAUGUUAAAAUCCUAGCAACUCUGACUACUCUGGCUGAGCUCUGGAUACUCUGGCUCCUCUGGCUGAACUCUGGCUACUCUGUCUGCUCUGGCUAAGUUUACGCACAUGUGCCGGGCAUGGAUUAUCAAAGCUUUCAGAUAAGUAAAAACACAAAGCUAGCUAUGGCUAACUCUCAUGCGAUUUUAUUUUUCUAAACUGUCCUAAAUUUCAUUAUUGUUUCAUUAUUGAUUUAAACUGUAUCACCUAAGUCAAAUAUUUGUUCAAACCAAAGUUUAUAUGUUGUAAUGGAGCUGUAUGGAUUUUUGCAGGACAAAUAACUAUCCAACGAGUUUAUCUGUACUGUAACUGUUAGUACCGUACCGUAGAUUUAUGUUGACAGUUGAAAAUAUCAGAUUUUCCAAGAAAUACUUCGAGUGAAUGAUUUUUGAAAAACAAAAUGUAUUUUUGAAACGAAUAUUGAUAUUUUCAAUGCGUGAGGAAAAUAUUUUAAACUAUUAUGUAACUUCACUAUUUUCAAUCAAUAUUCCUUUGAACAUUACUCCAUUAUAGCAUAGCAGGUCAUGGUUUUACAUUUUACAUGAAGAAUGGAAUAUAUUAUGAGGAUCAAUGAUUGUUUGAAAGGAAGUCCGUAUCAGGCGAUUUUAUCUUGCCGACUACACUGUACCUUAGUAUAUGCUGAUUAUACAAAAAGUACGAGGGUUGAUCUAGAAAAAAAUGUCAUUACGCCCAUUUAUCGUUAUAUAAUUAUAGAAAUUAUAUCAAGAUGUAAGCUAACUCAAUUAUAGUUAUACGGGUAAAUAUAAAUUCCUAGGGUAACGUCAGUAACGUCGGUGACGUGUGAUGAUCACCGUUACAAUACUUUCUGUGCAUGUCGUUAUCUCAAUAAGUAUUGAUAUUUUCAAAAAAAAAAUAUCUCAACUAGAUUGGGUACCGAUUUUCUUUUCCCUAGACGAACUACUUUUGGAUCAACCCUCGUAUAAAUCUAUAUAUCAGCCUACAUCAAAUUCUUUAUCAGUAGAAAUGAUUGAAACUUGAAAACGAGAUAAAACAUUUAAAUUUAGAAUGCUUCAUUAUGUACUUGUUAAGAUGAUUCUUUCACGUUUGUACUAUUAUGUAUCUAUUGCUCAGGUAUUGACGCUCAACAGUUGAGAAUAUCAAAUGAGCCGCGCCAUGUGUAAACAAACAUAGUGCGUUUGCGACCAGCAUGGAUCCAGACCAGACUGCGCAUCUACGCAGUCUGGUCAGAUCCAUGCUGUUUGCUGUCAAACACUAUUGCAAUUAGAGUAACUGUUAGCGAACAGCAUGGAUCCUGAACUUGUUUGGAUCCAUGCUGGUCGCAAACGCACUAUGUUGGUUUUCUCAUGGCGCGGCUCAAAUAAAUUUCGCGGAAUUGCAUUGCAAAUGAUCUAAAAUUAGCUCCAUUUUGAGUUGUAUUACCUGCAAAUUUAACAUGAUGUUUUAUUUGCUAAGAAACAAAGCGCGUUUAUGCAUUCGUUGUUAAGCUAGUUGGCAGUUGUAACUACAGAAAUUCGACACUGCCCAUAUGUACGAUACGACAAAUAUUUGAUUGUUGUCGGUCUGUUGAUAUGCAAAAACAAACAACAGUUGGACCUGUAUUUUGGUUAGUUUCGAUGAAUUACAUUGGCUGAUGUGUUGCAUAUAGCGGGAGGAUCGCUGUAUCCUCAACAGCAACGUCCUGACGGUUGAACAAUCGAAGAAUGCCGCGGUACUUUUCAUGUUUGCUAAGGACUCUAUGAAAAGAUUAGAACAACAGCAAAUUUAUAACAAUUUGAAGCACAGUUGUUUCAACUUCCACUGUCAAGUUAUUAUACUGGAUAGAUUUAAACGUUCUCUUUUCUUUGUCGUUUAUUUUUGCUUGAAACAAAUUACACCAAAGGGACUUUCAAAAUGCCCAAAACAUACUUGGCAAAGAUUUCGUCCUUGUGACGUGUAUUCAACAAGAAAUAUCUUUAAAAAAGAUGGUCGGCGUGAUGUAACUGAAGCACAAGUUAUAUAUGUGCAGAAACCUGUAUUUUAAAUCUUUUGGCAAUGUUGGAAGGGGUCUCUCGACACUAGCGUUGCUCUUCCCACGUUCAAUUGGCGCUAGUGUAAAAAAUCCGCAAGACUCUACCCAAAUCCAACACACCAUGGUGGUAUGAUUCCCCGGAUGAGCGGAUAAAUAUUUGGUUACGCACACCUGUUCAAGUGGUACGCAGACAACCCGAUGGUACUGUAUUUACAGAGGUUAUAGAUGACGAACGCGUUGUCAUUUCACUCAGUGUCACACAUGACUCAGAGUAAAGCAUUUUCAGCCUUUCCUCCAAUCAGCGCCACUCUUACAAAAUCUCUCAUUAUGGCUGAAAAUACCGAGAAUACCUUACCAAGCUAUCCGAUUGGUACAUUAUUCAGGCGGCAUAAGGUCAUACGAGGUCAUAAAAUCGUGCAUUAAGCCAAAAAAUUUUGAUAUUCACAACUGAUUCAUUAUCGUGCUGUUUUUAUUUCAAUAUACUUGAAACGUGAUCGUUGUCACCUGUGCGUAUGUAUUUCGUGCUGUCGGCAUAAUUCACGUCAUACAAAACUCACCGUGCGCAUUUGCAGAAUUAAAUGUUUUUACACGCUGGAAUCGAUAACAAAUUCAAGAACGAUUUGUUUUUUUCCCCCCAAAAUUUAUCAAAUUUCAUUAAAAGUAAAGGUCUAUUCAUUAAUUUUCAUCAUUAUAUACCUUACUUUAAAUGGUAACAAAAAAAAAGUCGUUUAAAUGGUCAUCGCGGUCGCGAUUAAUAGAUCAAUUAUGGUGCAGUGUGCCUCGCACGCCGUAAUCAUAAUGGCUCCGGGUAACCGGAAUGUAAGCGCGUUCUGACGUCGAUGUCAUGUAGCAACAUCAUUAUGGCGGCUGAAAGGGUGCUGAAUGUAAAAUGAAAAUAUCAAGAUAAAAUAUGAAGUGAAUGUAUAUAAUAAAAUGUCAGUAAACAGCUGGUUUUGCCUUCUAACCAUAAUGACACAUAAAAGUUUCAUAUAAUGACAAUUAUGGCACUAGGUAUGCCAUUAUGCUUUUUUUCAUUUUACAUAUUUUCCACAAACUUAUAAGCAUUAUUUAUAUUGCUUUCUUUUUAUCAACAAUGUCAUCAUAACUUGAAAAUCGAUCUAAAAUGAUUCACUACCCUUUCACUCGCCAUAAUGUCUUUGCUACAUGAUGUCAACGUUCGAACGCGCUGAAGCUCCAUUGUGAUGAUGGCGAGCGAGGCGCACCGUUUCGUUAUGGUUGAGUCAACGACAACAUCAAACAGCAACUCAGUUAUUUGCUAUGGAAGAGUCACCGAAAUUAUACCGGAUAGGUUACGGCUCUCUGGUAAAACGUGUGACACUACCACCUGAAGUACGUCAACGUCACCUACUUGGGCUUCUUGCAAAGAAAAACUCAACUGAACAUCUUAUUAGUUGAAAGAAACUAGUCAAUUUAUCUAUCAUAUGACAGUGUAACGAAUUAAACAGAUAUUUGCUAUUAUUUUUCCGACGACGACAACCACUCCAUACAUAUAUGAUAUAUAUAGCUGAAUAAAAACCAGUCCGAAUAUGAUCUUUAUGAGCGCAGGUCGUUUAACACAGAAAAUAACCACAUUAGUAACCGUAUCUAUAAUGCGUAUUUCACAAACAUAUACAUUACAAAAAUCUUCUUUGAUCAAAUUUUCCAAACGAAUAGAUGACGAGUUUUUAUAGUCAUUGAAUAUAGACGUAAGGUCAGUUUCAGUACUGAAGUUUUUAAAUCAUUUUAUUUCGUUUAUUGUAUAGACAUACGGAACGAUUAAAUUGUUAUUUGAUGUUAUAAGUAUAUCAAAUCUUACUGUUUUUUGAAAUAAGUCUUUCAAAUACUGCUUUAGUUUUCUACUGUUUAAAUGAGAAUAUGUGUACUUGUCAGUAAAUACACAUGUACAUUAUAUCAUGCAACGACCUUCUAGAAAUGUUACCUGUAUUUGCAAUAAAAUAGUUACAACUUA